AUGGUGCUCGGAAAAGUCGCUUGGGGUGUCGCCGGCGCGGCUGGUUUAUAUGCCGUGUUCUUGGGUAUUCUCCUCCAGCCGCCAGUCCAGAGAUUCGCACUCUACGCCAACAAGGUCAACACACUAUUUCUCAAGAAUCUGAACGACACCGAGUCGUUCGGCUUCGCUCCGAACCAAGUUACUCCGUUCAUCCUCAAGACACCGGAUAAUGAAAGCCUCUAUGCCUGGCAUGUCCUGCCCGCGGACGUCUACGCCGAGAAUGAGAGAGAAAUCCGAAGCGAGACACGUUCCUUUGCGCCCGUCGCAGACAUUACCAGCACAGUUGGCUUCAGGCUGUUGACUUCAAAAGAAGGCCCGCCAGCUCGAGUAGUGAUCUACUUCCACGGAAACGCAGGCCACGUUGGCGAAAACUGGCGCCCGGAUACCUACCGCUACAUGGCCGCACAGCCCAACACCCACGUCCUAACCAUUGACUACCGCGGCUUCGGCUACUCCACCGGCUCCCCAACCGAAGCCGGCCUCAUCAUCGACGGCACAGCGCUCGUAAACUGGGUCCUACGCGUCGCCAAAAUUCCAGCCGAACGCAUCGUCAUCGCAGGCCAAAGUCUAGGUACCGGCGUCUCCAGCGCCAUAGCCCUGCACUUCGCCGAUCCCAGCAACACGCUCAUUCCCGCUGAAGUCCGGAGCAUCCAGAAUCAAGACAGCAUCGCCACAGGCGCAGUGUUCGCGCCGACAACUUUCGCAGGCGUCGUCCUCGCUGCGCCCUUCUCCAGCAUCCCCGCCUUGCUGCUGACCUACCGCGUCGGAGGACUUCUCCCUCUCCUGCUACCGCUGCGCCCCGUGCCAGCCCUCGCAGGCCGCCUCACAGCUUUGAUGGAAGAUAAAUGGCUCAGCGCCGAGCGUCUGACGGCGUAUUACGCCGCGCUGGCUGAUCGCCCUGGCUUGCUGCAUACGGGAACGCGAAGCUUGGCGUCGGUGCAGUUGGUACAUGCGUUGAACGAUCGCGACAUCCCGUUUCAUCAGACGGGGAUGAUUUGUCGGAGGAUGUUUGGGAAGAGGGAUUCUGGAAGUGAGGUGAGGAAGGAGGAGAUUGAGGCGGAGGAGUGUAUUGAUGGCGGCAAAGGUGCAGGGGUCUUGGAUGUGAAUAGGCCAGGAAGACCGAGGGUGAGGUUCGAGAUUGUAAGGUUCGGUGGACACAAUCGUAUCAUCACCUACAGCUCCGUCUCCAUUGCCAUUUCACGGGCAUUUGGAGACCAUUUCGAGUGA